AUGGAGAGGAAUGAUCUGGUGGAGCGUUUAGAAAAAAUCCAACAAAAAGGGUCUCAUAUCUGCAAUUUAUCACCAUUCAUAGCUGAUGGCCCCUGGCCGGCCCUGAAGAAGCAGACGUGGUCAACCACACUCAUCUCAACAACAACAACCUUCUGGAAGGAGAAACAGGAUGAGGACAGGGUUUACAAAGGGACCAAAGAAUCCAUCACGAGUCGUGUGGCUCUGCUCAUCACUAACAUAAAGUUUAAGAACAAGGAUUAUAACAGAAGAAGUGCAGACAUAGAUGAGCAGAACAUGGAGCAACUGCUCAAAGCGCUGAAAUAUAAGGUUGUGAAAUACACAAACCUCACUGGAAAGGAGAUUGAAGAAGCUGUAAAGGAGUUCUCCAAACAUCCACAACUGGAACACACAGACAGUGUGUUUGUGGUUAUCAUGUCUCAUGGGGAAAAGACUGCUGUCCAUGGUGUCAACUUUGAUGGGAAUAAAGAGGACAAAGAACAGGACAAGUUCCCCAUUGAUGACAUUUUCACACACUUGAACACAGAGAAUUGUCCAGACCUGCAGGACAAACCUAAGAUCAUCAUCAUUGAGGCCAGCAGUGGAGGCAAGAAGGGAGGUGUGCUUGUUAGUAAUAAUCCAUCCAUCCAUCCAACUGUGGAAACUGAUAAUAUACAAGAGCUACACCCAUCACCGCGUGUUGGUGAGAAAGACACUCAGGCUGAUCGUUUGGGUCUUGCACACAGAGAAAAACACUUCCUAUGUUUUCGCUCUUCCACUCCUGAUACUGUCUCAUAUAGACAUCCAGACACUGGGUCUUAUUUUAUCCAGUAUAUCGUUGAAGUACUGAACACCUUCGCAUGUAAGGAUCACAUUGAGGAACUUUUCAGAGAAGUCAUGCACCGCUUUGAGGACUUUUCAGUUUGGACCAAGGAGAGAGGAGCUGACACACAGAUGGCAUUCAAAUACAGAGACAGUCUCUCUAAGAACUUCUACCUCUUUCCCGGCCUUUGAGACGGGAUCCAGCAUUGUAGCAACACUGGUCAUUGGACUUGGUUGCCAUGUUUCAUUCAUUUAAAUGUUUUCCUUCAUUCAACUAUUCUUGCAGUGCCUUUUAAAAAUAUGCAUUUUAUAUGUCUUCAUAUAUCAAUCAAUCAAUCUUUAUUCAUAAAGCUCCAAAUCACAACAG